GGCGGCCACACUCCAGUACCCGGAACCUACUUGCACUUAUUCCCUCUGCCUCGCACACGCCAUUCCCAUCUUGAACUCCCGAUCGACAGACCCAGCCCUUUCAGCUAGCCUUGCUUCGGAAUCCAUGGACCCUCACGUCAGCUCCCACGUCGGCGCGUGCAGGACGAAGAAGGGAGACGAAGGCGUCGUCAUCAUCGUCGAUGCCGAGGCGGCUGAUCACUCGCCGAAGCCAGCAGCCGAGGGCGCCGACCCAAUCGGCGCCGGCAACGACGACGACCACGACGAAGGCGGCGUCAACUACAUGGCGCGCGCGCAAUGGCUCCGCGCGGCGGUGCUGGGGGCUAACGACGGGCUGGUGUCCGUAGCGUCCCUGAUGAUCGGCGUGAGCGCCGUGAACGACGCCGGCAAGACGAUGCUGGUGUCGGGCCUGGCCGGGCUGGUGGCCGGGGCCUGCAGCAUGGCCAUCGGCGAGUUCGUGUCCGUGUACGCGCAGUACGACAUCGAGCUGUCCCAGAUCAAGCGCGAGGCCAAGGACGCCAGGGGGAAGAAGAAGGAGAACCUGCCGAGCCCGGCGAUGGCCGCGCUCGCGUCGGCGCUGGCGUUCGCGGUGGGCGGGCUCGUGCCGCUGCUGGCGGGAGGGUUCGUGAAGCCCUGGGGCGCCAGGUUCGGCGCCGUGUGCGCGGCCACCAGCGUCGGGCUGGCCGGGUUCGGCGCCGCGGGCGGGCACCUGGGCGGCGCGAGCGUGCCGAGGUCGGCGUGCCGGGUGCUCGCGGGCGGGUGGCUCGCCAUGGCCGUCACCUACGGCGUGCUCUGGCUCUUCGUCAGGGUGUUCCACAUACACGUCUCCUCGUUGGCCUGAUGUGUGUGAUCUGUGUCUGUGUGUGAUCAUCGUGCUUGUCGAUAGCGCCGCGCGGAUGGUUUGCGUUAAUAAAUACACCGCCCAGAGCUUGCUAGCAGUUAGUUGCUCGAUCGGUUUUCAGGUGCUCCUCUGGCGCCUGGUCAAUUAAUAUCUUGAGUAGAAGUAGUACACCUGGGCCCUGGCGGCCCCUGGGUAGGGAAAGUGAGGUCGGGCCCGGGGUGCAAGGGGGACGUGUAACGAAGGAAGGCUAGAGGUUUCUAAAAUGUCGUUCUGCCGCAUGUUUAUGGACCGGAGAACUGAAGAUAUAAUUGUGACCCGUAUAAACGUUUCCGAACAUAAAGAUCGAUAUCGUUUGGUC